AUGACCACGUCAGAACCAUCUACUACAAUAACAGCUGAACCUACAACUACAACUUCAUCAGAACCAUCUACUUCAAAAACUGCAACUACAACCACAUCAGAACCAAUUACUACUGUAACUGCAACUGCAAUCAUAUCAGAAAUAUCUACUUCAGCAAUUGCAACUACAGUCAUAUCAGGAGCAACAACUACAGAACCUGGAACUACAACUUCAUCGGAACCAUCUACUUCAAAAACUGCAACUUCGACCACGUCAGUACCUACAACUUCAUCGGAACCAUCUACUUCAAAAACUGCAAUUACGACCACGUCAGAACCAUCUACUACAACAACAGCUGAACCUGAAACCAUAUACGGACAAUCUGCUAUGACUGCAACGACAACAGCAUCAGAAACAUUUACUUCAGCAACUCUAACUACAAUCGUAUCAGGAGCAACAACUACAGAAACUGCAACUACAACUUCAACAGAACCAUCUACUUCAAAAACUGCACCUACAACCACAUCAGAACCAAUUACAACUGUAAUUGCAACUACAACCACAACAGAACCAUCUACGACUGCAACUGCAAUCACAUCAAAAACACCUACUUCAGCAACUGCAACUACAGUCAUAUCAGGAAUAACAACUACAGAAACUGCAACUACAACUUCAUCAGAACCAUCUACUUCAAAAACUGCAACGACAACCACAUCAGAACCAUCUUUCAAUGCCUCUGCAUCUGUUGCUUUACCAACUUUGGAUGAGAUAAAACAAACCCUUAUAGAGGCGGCUUCAGUGAACAACACAAAUUUCACUCUUAACAUCAUCAUCAGCAGUAUAACUGUUCAAGUCAUAUCAGGAGUAUCAACAACAGAAACUGCAACUACAACUUCAUCAGAACCAUCUACUUCAAAAACUGCAACUACAACCACAUCAGAACCAUCUACUUCAAAAACUGCAACUACAACCACAUCAGAACCAUCCACUAUGACUGCACCUGGAAUUGCAUCAGAAACACCUAUUUCAGCAACUGCAACUACAGUCAUAUCAGGAGCAACAACUACAGAACCUGGAAAGACAACUUCAUCGGAACCAUCUACUUCAAAAACUGCAACUACAACCACAUCAGAACCAAUUACUACUGUAACUGCAACUGAAACCACAUCAGAACCAUCUACUAUGACUGCAACUGGAAUUGCAUCAGAAACAUCUGUUUCAGCAACUGCAACUACAGUCAUAUCAGGAGUAACAACAACAGAAACUACAACUACAACUUCAUCAGAACCAUCUACUUCAAAAACUGCAACUACGACCACAUCAGAACCAAUUACUACUGUAACUGCAACUGAAACCACAUCAGAA